AAGUGGUCGUGUGUGUGUGUUCAUAGCUGGCACAUGCCAUGUUUAUGUUGGUAAAAAGCAUUAAGAGACAUACUAAUCACUAAGAGCAUCUUUAACGGGACUGCUUAUACCAGUUGCUUAACUUAAUUUUGAUUAAAAAUAAAAGAAAAUUACCUAUAAUGAGAAGCAGCGACGCUUAAUUAAGCUAUGCAGGAGUCGACGCUUAAGGGACACGCGGCAUUCAUUCAAGCCUCUCUCUCUCGCCACCGUCUGCGUAACGGUCACCACCCACAUUCCACCGAUCAAUCCGUUCCUUUCGCCGGCGUCUCGAAACCAGCUCCCUCGAACUCUCCCUGCAGUAUUUCGAUUUCAUUUACAUUCUCAGGAGUUCAUCUCUCUAUCAGGUGUGAGACAAUGAUUGGAUCGUUUCUAACGAGAGGGCUUGUGAUUUUAAUGGCUGCUUUGACCAUUUUCGAAAGAGUCGGAGAUACUUUUGCUUCCUGGGUUCCGCUCUACUGCGAGGCAAAGCUGGCAUUCUUCAUAUAUCUUUGGUUCCCCAAGACCAGACUAACUAAAGAGAGUAUUCUUUGUAUUAAGGUAUGUGUAGCCAUGAGUAGUCUCGUUUGUAUGCAUUUGUAUGUCUUGUAUGUCAUGAGGUUGUAUACAAAGACUUGUAUCAGCCAUUAUAAAUUGGACAAAACUGUUUCUUUCUUUGGACCAAUUCAUAUUAUCUCCUCAAUAGUUUCAUCACCAAACUAUCUCAUCUUCUCUCUUCUCACCAAGAUCACAUCUUCUCUCUUCUCACCAAUCCAAACCAAUAUCACAUUAUCUCAUUCUCACCAAACUCACAAGUUUCAAAUGUUUAAUAUUCUUUUAAGCACUUCAAAAUAAGCAACUUGCAUUGGAGGAUCAAAAUUUAGAGGUUUCUUAAUUUGGGUUUUUAAAACAUAAUUAUUACUAAAAAAUGAUUAAGCACCCCAUUAAGAGUGUUAGGGUUAAUGAUGCUCUAAGGUACUAAUCAGGAUUA